AGGCUUAGGUUGUUUCUUCGCUCAUCUCCCAACUCAGAAGCCCUCUCCCUUUACAUGAUAAUAUCUCUUUUACCCUCGGCGUUCUGGUUCUUACGGUUAUACCAUUCUGGGUAUGAUAGCCGCUGCUCGCCGGCAACCUGAGAGCCGCUGCUCUCCCCCAGCUCUCGGCUUCCCUCGCCUCCGUUUCUUCCGUUACCGGCGGUUGAGGUAAUCGGUAACCGGUAAACUAUACUUCGUUUCCGUUUUUGUCCUUGCGUACAUAUCAUAUUUACCAAAAAUGCCGAGUCCGAAGAGCCAGCGAAGGGUGCAAGAGGAGAGCAAGAACCGGAGGGGCAGAUUAGUCUCGGAGAGAUCUUUGUCGUUUCACGGCCAGACGUUGGCCGCGACGACGCCGCAGCUCCGGCGGCCGAAGACGGUCCCCGACAUGGUCAUGUAUAGGACAGCAGUCGGAGCCACGACGCCUCCGACGGCGGCGCAGGAGCUUCGGCCGAAGCUGACGAAGCUGCUGCUCAACGUGACUAUACAGGGGAGCGUCGGUGCCGUUCAGGUGGUGAUGUCGCCGGAAUCUACGGUGGGUGAUCUGGUGGCGGCAGCCGUAAGGCAGUACGAGAAAGAAGGCCGCCGGCCGAUCUUUCCGUCCGUUGAUCCGUCACGGUUCGACCUCCAUUAUUCGCAGUUCAGUUUAGAAAGUUUGGAUAGGGAGGAGAAGCUGAUGACGUUGGGGUCUCGCAACUUUUUCCUGUGCCCUAAGAAGUCGGCAGUUGACGGUGAAAGUUGCGGUGGUGGGAUAACGACGACGGCUGGUUCAUGUUCGAAACAGGCGGAGAAAGCUUCCAAAACUGGGUUUUCAUGGCUCAAGUUUAUGGAUUCUCUGCUGUAAUCUACACAAGCUAGUUCGGUCCGGUGUUUAUUCUAUCUGCUCAAAGUGAUGGAGGGGCUGCAUGUGUACAUAGGUUAGGUAUGGGCCGGAUAGUGUAUCUUCUUGUUUAGGAGCAGAGCAUCUCAUUUCGGGGUAGUUUGAUUAGUUGUUUACCCAAAAAAGAAAAUGAAAGGAAGAAGAUAGAUGAUUUUGGACAGAACAUGUUCUCUACCUGUAAUUUUUCUUUUUGAAUAUUUCAAGUAUGAAUUGAAAUCUGUACGUACACUUGAUGUUUUCAAAGGCUUUCCUCUCUUUUUCUUGGUC